GGAGUUCCUGGAGCGCAGCAGCCCAGCGCCCCAGCCCACCCGCAGGGGGUUCCCUCUCCAGCCAAUCGCGAUGGAGCAACGGGACUGCCCCUAACAAAGAUGGCGGGGGAGGCCUCCGUGAGGGCAGGCUGAUUUAACACCCAAACCCGCGGCGUCUGGGGAAGACAGUGCGAGCGGCGCGGCCCGACCAUGGAGGAGGGCAGCGGCGGCAGCACCGGCGGGGGUGGUGGAGCGCAGCAAAGGGAGCUGGAGCGCAUGGCUGAGGUCCUGGUCACCGGGGAGCAGCUACGGCUCAGGCUGCAUGAAGAAAAGGUUAUUAAAGAUAGGCGACAUCAUCUCAAAACCUACCCAAACUGCUUUGUUGCGAAAGAACUGAUUGACUGGCUGAUUGAGCACAAAGAGGCUUCUGACAGAGAAACAGCAAUCAAACUUAUGCAGAAGUUAGCAGACCGGGGCAUCAUUCAUCAUGUGUGUGAUGAACAUAAGGAGUUCAAGGAUGUCAAACUCUUCUACCGCUUUCGGAAGGAUGAUGGCACCUUCCCGCUGGACAAUGAAGUGAAGGCCUUCAUGAGAGGACAGAGGCUGUACGAGAAGCUAAUGAGCCCUGAAAACACACUCCUGCAACCCAGGGAAGAGGAAGGGGUCAAGUAUGAGCGCACCUUCAUGGCGUCUGAAUUCCUGGACUGGCUGGUUCAGGAAGGCGAGGCCACGGCAAGGAAGGAGGCUGAGCAGCUGUGCCACCGACUGAUGGAGCACGGCAUCAUCCAGCAUGUGUCCAACAAGCACCCAUUUGUGGACAGCAACCUUCUCUACCAGUUCAGAAUGAACUUCCGGCGGAGGCGCAGACUCAUGGAGCUGCUCAAUGAGAAGUCCCCCUCUUCCCAGGAGACUCACGACAGCCCCUUCUGCCUGAGGAAGCAGAGCCAUGACAAUCGGAAAUCUACUAGUUUUAUGUCCGUGAGCCCCAGCAAGGAGAUCAAGAUCGUGUCUGCUGUGCGGAGGAGCAGCAUGAGCAGCUGCGGCAGCAGUGGCUACUUCAGCAGCAGCCCCACCCUCAGCAGCAGCCCUCCUGUGCUCUGCAAUCCCAAGUCCGUGUUGAAGAGACCCGUCACUUCGGAGGAACUCCUCACUCCCGGAGCUCCAUAUGCAAGGAAGACAUUCACGAUUGUCGGUGACGCCGUUGGUUGGGGCUUUGUGGUCCGAGGGAGUAAGCCAUGCCACAUUCAGGCCGUGGACCCCAGUGGCCCUGCGGCGGCAGCGGGAAUGAAGGUCUGUCAGUUUGUUGUCUCCGUAAAUGGGCUCAAUGUGCUGCAUGUAGACUACCGGACGGUGAGCAAUCUGAUUCUGACGGGCCCUCGGACGAUCGUCAUGGAAGUCAUGGAGGAGUUAGAGUGCUAAGCAGGUGGACAUCUUGGCCCGUAGGUGGCCUGAGGAUGAUCAAAGCCAGGACAACACAAAGCAAUGCAAUGACAAGACUUAUAUACCAGUGGAUGGUUUUGGACACACAAAUGUUUUCUCCAUACAUACACAUCUUGAUUUGAGUUUCGUACACUGUUUGAAUGUGGAAGGACUGGGUGGAUCAUCUUUAAAACAAAACAACAACAACAAAAUUUAUGUCAGUAUAGAAAAACAUUGAGAAAUGGAAUUUUCUUAGAUCGUAGAAUUGCCUUACUUGAUUUCCAUGUGUAGUUCUUACCCAUUGUUUUAUUUUUUAAUCUUAGUUUGCAGAAAGUUGUCAAAAUGCUUUUCUGGCCCAAACAGCAAUGUGCUAAAAUCCCCUCAUAGGAAUCAAUAGAGUAGUUGUUACAGAUUUUAAAUGGUUCUCUUACCAAAAUGAGCAUGGAACUGUUUCUUAAAGGAUCUGAAUUUCACUAAGCUUCAAAUAACGCAACAUCUCCAAAGGAAUAUUACCUGUUAACUAGCAUUUUGAAGAAGGUUCUAAAGCAUUCAAGCGCUCAAAACCCAUUGAAAAAAAUGUCUUUUUCUUAAUUCCUGCCUUUAGUAUCAACUUUUAACAUAUGUUCUCAAUUAUGGCAUCAGUUAGGAAACAAAAACCAUGUGAUGAUAUGGGUGGGAGAAAUAGAUAGAUAAUACAUUUAUGUGCUCUGACUUCUUUCUGACCCUAAAUAAUUUUGUUCUAUCAAUCAGCUACAGAAGCCUUCUAGAGUUAAUCCAGAAUAUGUUGAAUGUCAAAACAGAAGAAUUUGUAUAUAUACAUAUCAAGCCUCUGGCAAUAUUUCACUUUGAAGUUGUCCCUUUAUAAGUGAAGUAUUCUAGGACUUGGCCCUUAUGUGAUAAGACUUGAAAUUAAAUUGCCUUAUUGGCCUGAAUUUUUACUAGCUUUCUAGCGUGAUGUAUUCUAAAGGCACAACAUGUCUUGCUUAUGUGGUGGGAUUAUUUUUCACCAAAACAUCAUCUUGCAUUGUAAUUUUCAGCUCACUGUAUAUAUGCACAUUUCUUUCUUUUUUUUUGUUUUUUGGUUUUUUUUUUGUUGGUUUGUUUAGAAAAUAAUGCAUUUGGGGAUUUGGUGUGUAGAGGAAAUUCCUCGAAGUGCCAAAUUAGGUAGUCAGGGAAUGCAAAAUUCCAUUCUGAACAACCAGGUUUCUUUCUUAUCACGUAUUCGCAACAUAAAAUAUGAAUGUCAUACCUCAGCCAUUCUUUUUGUGAUAGGUUAUCAUGUCUUGGUACUGGUGGGAUGGACAUGUCAUGCUAAAGAUGUUACAUAUAUAUGUUUCUGGUAACCCAACGUUUCUGAUCUGUAGCUUUAGUGAGAGAGUAGUAUUUGAAGUAACAAAACUAACAUUAGUCCCGUCGAUCUAUAUUUGGGGACUAGUACCGUCUCUGUGUGUGUAUGUGCGUUUAUACUGUAUGCCAGGCUUUGUGCUAUGGCACUUAAAAUAUGUGAUCUCUUUGAAUCUUCAUUAGAACCCUGCAAGAUAGCUAUUAUCACCCUCAUUUUUCAAGUGUGGAAACUAGGUCUGAGCAACCUUAAAAAUGGUCUCAAUGUUCACACAGCUGCAACAACUGCUAAGAUUCAAACAUCGGUUUAUUUAAUGCAUUAACGCCCAUGUUACCGUGCCUCCCCCAGCCUCUCCCCACUUAGGGACCUACGUGGUGGGCUGCUUUUGUGUCCAGUGCUGUGCUGUAAGUAAACCACUUAUUCCUCCUGACCUGUGAGGUCAAUAUCAUCACUAUCUCCAUUUUACACCUGAGGAAAUGGACUCAUAGAGAGCUUAGUCAUGUGCCUAAGGCCACACAGCUAGUAAGUGGGAGACCUUAUGAUUCAGCUUUAAGAGGUUUUAUAACGUCUUUAAAAGAUGAGUUUCUUAAAUGCUUUCUGUGACCAGGUGUUCAUUAAGCAACUAAGGAGGAAGGACCACCUUUGAGAAUGGCAUUUUCUCCCUGCCAGCCAUCUGUACUGUGUACUCAUGUCCCAGUGCGCGUCAUCUUGGGCCCUGAUGUACUGUCACUUCCCUUUAGCCAAUCUAAGCACCAGAGACGCAUCCGUCUGUCUGUCUUUCACACAGCCUCCUUCCUGCAGGUGGAAUUUCUUGGAUUCAGAAAAUGUUAUUGAUCUCUUUGGUCAAAUGAAUACCAGAAGAAGGAGAGAAGGAAAGAAAGGGAAGAACUACUUCUUCCUUUGGCUCUCAUAACCUUCAGUUUACAGGCCUAGUGCCAGAUAAUUCUACUUAAGGCCAAGAGAGCUUUACUUUAGCUGUUCCUCGGCCCACUGGGGACAUCCUCACAGUGUGACUAAAGUGAACGAUCCCAUUCCUGUCGGGGCACUAGUCAGCUCCCUCUAGCCUUUGCACAAUUUCUCCUCUCUGAAAUAUUAUUUCACCUUCUUUGCCUGGAAAAAAAUCUGUCUAAUUAACUCCCCUUAGAUAUUAUCUUCUCUGAGAAACCUUUGCCAGCUCCCUAGUUCUGGGAUUGACUCCCCUUCUCUAAAUUCCCAUGGACCCUUAUGCGUCAACCCCCUCUAAUUACAGAACUGAUGUUUGCUUUGAGGUUGUCCAUCAUGCGUCUGUCUCCCUAACCACACUGUGCAUAUCUGCAGAAUAUUCCCUUCACCUAGUGCAGUUGGUGACAGGGUAGUGCAUCAGCUAUCCAUGGGUCCCCAACAAACUUCCCCCGAACAUGGCUCAUGACACUCUAUGUGCCCAUGAUCCUGUGGGUUGGCACUUUGGGCAGCGCUCUGCUGGGAUGGCCAGCCACUGCUCAGUGUGGUGCUGGUUGGGUUCCCACAAACAUCUGUGGUCUGGGAUAUGUCUGUCUCACAGCUGGCUGGGGCUGUUGGCUGGGGUGCCUCCAUUCUACCCCAUGUGGCCUUUCUGCACAGCUGCCCAGCCUUCCUCAAUUAGGCCUCCUGAGAUCAAAGAAGGUGCAACUGAAAACUGCGGGACCUUCUGGGGACUCACCUGGAGGGUCACACAGUGUUACUUCCGUAGCACAUUGUUGGUCAAAGCAAGUCGCAAAACUAGCUCAGAGUCAAGAGGUGGGAAAUACAUCUACCUUUAAUGGGAGGAGCUGCAGAGAAAUUGUGGCUACUUUUAAUCCACCAAGAGUAGGCACUCCCCAUUCAUGGAAUAAAGGACCUAAGAAGUUGCCUGAUUAUUGAAAGGCGAGAUGCAAGUAACUGACCAAACACUGGGUAGAAGUUUGAUAGGAGGUUGCGAAGAAAGCCCAGUGCCUAAUGAAAGCUUCAAAGUUGGAAAAUCCUGAAACGAUAGUGCCACACGGAGCCACAGAGAGCAGUUUUAUCGCCUCAUUUUGCUGAUGUGGCAGCUGCAGUGUGGAAUGGUCAGGGGCUCAUGAGGCUUGUCGGGGCUGCAGCCUGGGCUAGACGUGAGUCUUCUGCCCUCCGAUGACAUGUCCUUAACAAGAUAGCUUUCUGUGGUGGAUGCAAGUAUGGUGAAGCUAGGCCUUUGGCUCUGGGGUAUUCAUAAAAUGCAAGAGGCGCCAUGUACCUAUGAAGGUGAAGGACAUACAUUUUAACUGACUCAGGCCUUGGAUUGUUAAAUCAUAUCAUUAAAAAAAAAAGUAAUUGUGUGAUAUUUUAACAGAUGAAUUGCUUUAAAAUUUAGGAACUUCAUUCCUGAAUAUAACACCAAGAAUUAUUCUAAAUUAACAGUAAGCAAUAUUUCUAAGAGCUUUUAUUUCCUAUCUAUGUGUGCAUGUGUGUGUGCUUAUCAGUGCGUGUGAUUUCCCUCACUGAGAAUCCUUGAAAUGGCUUUGUUUGUUCCCAGAGAAAACACUUUGAUUUUUCAGGUGUUUGUGUAAUGUGUUCAUGUGUCUGUGACGGCGGUAGAAAUCUUUCUUUGUUUCUUCAUUAGCAUAAUGUGUGCUAUCAGUGCAAAUUUAAAGCCAUGUUUGUUAUUUCUGCUGUAGAGAGAAAAAUGCGGUUGCCUUUUGGGUUGGUCCUAUUGUGUGGUGUUUUAUUAUGAAUGAAUCUCUGAUAAAUAAUUGCAUAAACUGAUAGGGGGACUAGUUGAGAAAUGAUGGGUAACAGGAAGAAGAUAUCCAUGUUUGAGUAGCUGAGAUCCAGUCAGCUUCAUACCAUCUUAUAAAAGAUGAAUGCACUGGGCUGAUAGUAAUUAACAAUUAAAAAUCAUUGCUUUCCGUUCAAAAUGGAGUCUCACAUUUCCAAAUACUCUUUUCAAAUAUUUGUGACAAUAAUCUACUUUCAAGACCCAUUUUAAACUGACAUUAACUAUUCUCUCCUGUUGAGUAUUAAUCCUGUUUCAUUUUUGAUCAGAAUAACUCUGGAAUGUUUCAGUUUUGCCAACUGGUUAGAGUCCAUCAAUACCAUUGUUUUAGCCAUUUAUGGUAGGAUUUCAGGUGUAAUAUGCUUUCCCUCAGUUCAACACCAAAAGGACAAAUCUACAGCGUACCAAAAUGAAAUUCAUCAUCAAAGUUGCAUAUGAUAUUAUCAAAUGCAUUAAUAUAUGCACUUAAUAUAUAUGUUUAUUUUUAAAUUAGGUUGAAUUUAUGUUUCCAUUUCUUAAGAAUUGUAGCAUAAUACUUAAAAUAUGAAAAUAGAUUGUACAGUAGGAAAUAAAUGUUAAAUUUUUAAAACAGUGACUUUAUGUUUACAGCAUUUCCUGUCCUUUAGAACAAAUUAGCCAUUUUUUAUCCUAAGAAAGGGUUGCAUUAUAAAGUUGCUCUACUACUAACCUAUCAGAGAAAACACAUGGGAUUCAUAUCUACUUCUCUAAUGUAGCCAAAAGUGCCAUUUGUAACACUACUUAAUGAUGGAUGUUUUCUGAAGCUCUUUUGCCUGAAAAAAAAAAAGUGUAUUAAAAAGCUUUUUCUGUACUGUA